AUGACGCUCCGCCCAAUGUCGCCAAGCGCUGCUGGCAACAUGCGCCCGCAAGCUUCACAGGACUCCAGCAGCGACAGGCGCGCGUCGAUAAACACUUUGGAUACCUUCGGGUAUACCCGAGAAUCAAGUGACGAUGACGACUUCGGGAGUGUCAUACCAGAAUCCGGGACGGCGCUUACCAUUGACUCACGCCAACACCCUUAUCGCGCCAGUGAGGUUGUGGAUCCUGGCAGAGACAGCCCGCCACGGCCGGCGGGUCGCCAGUUGAAUCAAAGAAGCACUGCCAAACCUGGUGCCUUACCAGAACCAUCAACGAUCAAGGGAAAUGAAGAGAGCAAAUUUGGAGACGUUCCUUCAGCGUUGACUAUGGACUUCAGCGAUCCUGAAAGUUCGGCGUUUCACCUAGAGAGCCGAAGCAACCGUCCGUCUGCCAGAGACUCUGCCUUGAAUCCCACGAAGCAGUUAUCACGUACUGUAGGCGAGGGGAACAGCGGUAGCAGCAGUGACGAUGGACAUCGUGGUGUGGGCGGCGACGAAAGGGUCCGAAAGACCACCGCGGCAGAGAUCGAGUCCGCUCGCAAAAUUCUUGCGCAGGCUAGGCUGAGUGACUAUGAGUCUUUUCAAGGUUCAUGGAAGGCAUCAGUACGAGGCGAUCGUUCUGCAUCACCGCCACUCACAAGACAAGUCCGAAGCGGAACCGGCAAAGAGUCUGAUAGUGACGAUACAGUGCACAGUCUUAUGUCGCCAACGCCCAAGACGGUUGAAUACCCAUCAGAAACACAGCAGCCGCCUUCAGUGUCGAGGAGGCAUAGCCAUAGCAGUGUAGAAAGUUACCGGUCUCACCCAAGCUCGAAAGCACGAUCCCAACAUACCACCACUCGAGCUCCCGUGGCAGAGCACUCUCGAAAAAUAAAGGAGCCAGAGUUCUUAUCGCGGAAAGACCCAAUCAGGACUUCCGAGGAGGUUCGUGGAGAGGAAACCUUUCCCUCAAGCAAUUUUCAUCGGGAGACCAAUGAUGGUAGUGGCACUACCAGACUUGGGAGCCUCACAACUAGUGUACGGUCACAUCGGGCAGCUUCAAUGGUGAAGAAGAUACUCAGCAACGAUGGACACUCCAUCUCCCCAAGGCUUCCAGCCGAUUUACGGACCAAUCUCGGCAACGACUCUUCAAAUCGGUUGCCAGACUUUUUCAACUACGAGUUCUUCCAGUUUGUGCUUCGUAAUCCGACAACGGCCCAUCAACUUCUCAAAUUUAGCCAAACGCGUGUCUGCAGCGAAAACAUAGAAUUUCUGAAUAGGGUCGACGAGUACUACAAAGCAUUGGCCGACAUUACGAGUGCCUUGAGCGUAAUAUAUAAGGGCUAUAUCUCUAUGCAGUCCACGAACCAGCUCGAUGUGCCAGAAGAAAUGUCGAGAUUAGUGCACAAAGACAUCAGAUCCCUGACAGGAAAGACACUUCCCGGAAUGGAAACAUUAUUUACGGAUAUGCAAGAAAGAGUCGAAGAGAUAGUAUUCACUGACCUAUAUCCAUGGUUCGUUCAACACCAGUUGGCGUUGAGUGCGUCGCAGGCACUCGCUAGUGACCGCCAUCGGUACGCUGGUUUGGGUGACUGUUUUUGUCUCACUACUCCUUCGAAAGCUGAUAAUCCCAUAACGUUUGCUUCUGAUGGGUUCGUCAAGGUAACUGGAUAUGGUCGUCCUGAGAUCAUUCCUCGGAACUGCAGAUUCUUGCAGGGACUUCGAACGGAUCGUGUGGCAAUCAAGCGAUUAAAGCAAGGUAUUGAUAAAUGUCACGAAUCGGUCGAGUUAAUUUUGAAUUACAAGAAGAAUGGUGAUCCAUUUUGGAAUCUGCUCUAUGUUGCGCCCCUAUACGAUCAGAAUGGAAAUCUCGCAUUCUUCAUUGGUGGCCAGGUUAAUUGCUCAACCACGAUACAUACCAAUGCCGACCUCCUGAAAGUCAUGUCGUUAUCGGCCUCCAACGAGAUAGGAGACGAAGAGAUCUCUGGGGCGUCGACACAGGUUAAUCAGAAGCUGACCACAGCUCCAUCUGCUAAGAAAGCUUUCCUAAAAGCAUUUGGCGUACGGUCAGAAGAAGCCAGGAUUCUACCCGGACCAUCAGGAAUGGAGCAUGAAGUCCUGAACCGCAUGGAGGGUCAAAACCUCAACACACAGAUGAAGGAGUUCUACACGGCCUACUCCAAGUACCUCGUAAUUGAGGCAAACACCUUCAUCAUACGCUACUACUCCGAAGGCGUCAUGGAUGCGCUGAAUCCGGCGAAUAACACGAACACGCCAGCGGGCCAGGAUGUGUUCCGCUUCCUCAAGCAGAACGUGUCAGGCAAAGAGACAGAUUACCGGAAUAAAGUCCGUACCGCUAUCCGCACAGGUACGGCCAUCAGUGUGGAGCUCCGGCUGCAGACCAGACGUAGCGCAAGGUUCUGUGGGCACGAGGUCUUUGCCACGCACUGGACUCCGCUGAAGGACGAGAAUGCGUCAACACAUUGGGUGGUGAUUACGUUGGCUUCAAAGACGCAGUGA